GCAUUACGUUUCACUUUAUUUUCUACAAAUUCAGAAAACUGUUCAAUUUGUGAGUCACAGAAAUUCUUCAGUUGUUACCAACUACAGCUGAAAGUGAAAACAAUGCUUUUAUAUAACUGCUGUGAUCAUUAAGCAUAUACAUUUUAUCAUACAGAUUCUGCCAUUUUGAAUGAGAGACAGCACUAUGUUCCUUAUUCAAGCCCAUAUUCUCCUUGGCAUUGCCAGUGGUCUGGUCAUUCAUUCCAUGCCCUGGAGGGUGCCCUGUCCCCAGCAGUGUGUGUGCCAGAUCAAACCCUGGUACUCCCCACAGUCAGUGUACCGGGAAGCUCCCACAGUGGACUGUAAUGAUCUGCUGUUGUCACGGCUCCCAGCCAAGCUACCGCUGGAAACUCAGACACUGCGGCUUCAGAGUAACCUCAUCAGUUCCUUGGACCAGAGGGACAUUCAGGAUCUUGCCAACUUGACAGAGCUGGACCUCUCCCAGAACAGUUUCACCAGUGCCCGUCAUCUGCAGAUUACCCACAUACCUACUCUGCUGAGCCUCCACAUAGAGGAGAACCAGCUUCGUCACCUUCCAGACUCUGCCUUCUCUGGCCUGCCUGGCCUCCAGGAGCUGUACCUCAACCACAAUCGGCUGCGGAAUAUCUCCCCAGGGGCAUUCAAGGGGCUGGACAGCUUACUGCGGCUCCACCUCAAUUCUAAUCGCUUGGUGGUGAUUGAUAGGCGCUGGUUCCAUGCUUUGCCCAAGCUCGAGGUUCUCAUGAUUGGAGGAAACCCAGUAGAUGUCGUUCAAGACCUCAACUUCAAACCUCUGGGGUCAUUACGCAGUUUAGUUCUUGCAGGGAUGGGCUUACGUGAGCUUUCUGAGAGAGCUCUGGAAGGCUUGACAAAUGUAGAGAGCAUCUCUUUUUAUGACAACCAGCUAACAAAAGUACCAAAGGAGGCCCUUCAGAAACUGCCUAGGUUGAAAUUCCUUGACCUGAACAAGAACCCUAUUCAGCUGGUACAGCAGGGAGAUUUCAAAAACAUGCUUCAUCUGAAGGAGUUGGGACUGAACAACAUGGAAGAGUUGGUCUCUAUAGAGCAUUCAGCCAUGGACAACCUGCCAGAAUUGACCAAGCUGGAGAUCACCAACAACCCCAGGCUGUCCUAUAUUCACCCCAAGGCCUUCAAGGAGCUGUCCAGUAUGGAGAGUCUCAUGCUGAACAGCAAUGCCUUGAGUGCUCUCCACAGGCAAACAGUGUACUCCCUCCCCAGCCUGCAGGAGAUCAGCUUGCACUCCAAUCCUAUCCGUUGUGACUGCCUCAUUCGCUGGGUGGGAGCAGAAGAUAAUAAACCCGUACGCUUUAUUGAACCCCAGUCCACAUUCUGCUCAGAGCCUCCAGAGCUUAAAGCCAGAAGGGUGAAGGAGGUGUCCUUCCGAGAAAUGGCUGACAGUUGCCUGCCCCUUAUUGCACCAGGCACAUUCCCAUCAUACAUCCUGGUCAGAAAUGGGGACAGCCUAGCCCUGCACUGCAGAGCUCUUGCUGAACCUGAUCCGAGCAUCUACUGGGUCACACCUAAUGGCCUUAAGCUUUCCCCAUCCACAAGUUAUGGUCCAUACCAGGUCCAGCUAGAGGGAACUUUAGAGAUUUUGGGGAUCACUUCUGAGGAAGCAGGGUUCUACACCUGUGUGGCUCAGAAUCUAGUGGGUGCUGACACCCGCAGCGUGACAGUUCGAGUGACUGGGGGGAGAAAGGCCAACUUUGUAAGUCCAAAGCAACCCAAUCAUCUGGAGGUGAAGGAGGUCAGGGAGCGUUAUGCUCUCUUAGCCUGGCAGCCAAGCCACAAUUUUCUUACCACUCGACUUUCCUGGCUGGCAAAUGGAAGUGUAGAAGACCAUGAAAAGCACAGCGCCCGAAUAUUAGCUGGUACCAAGGGGUUCAACUUGACUCGACUCCAGCCUGGCACUCACUACAGAGUGUGCCUGCAUCUAGGGGCUAAUGAUACCUUGUGCAUCCACCUCAGGACUAAAGAAAUACCAAUGCCUGUGGCUUCACCAGACCUGACUCCAGCUGUCCUGUUAGCUGCCUCUUCUCUGCUCCUUCUGCUUGCAGCCAAGGCCUGCCAAGAUGGGGCCUCACUCAGCUGGAAACAACAGAGACAGCAGACUGAAAAGUUCCAUACUUCUCUUCUUCCUUCAGAAGUAGUCAGUCACAGAGCCAUGACGCCUCCCAAGCCAGACCAACUUCCAGCUAAAAAUAGCUUAGAUGGUAGCUCCACAGAAAGCAGCAACGCCCAGCCUGUGCAGAAUGUCCAAGAACCACAAGCAGAGUCCUGCUGAGUUCGGAUAACUAUCGCAGAACAUCCUAAAUCAAUUGCAACUUCAGAACAGCAAAAUUUGACUUUUAUCAUUAGCUGAUAACGCCAAUCGGCAACACCCAACAAAGAUAAAAGCAAAAAAAGAAACAUUGGCAAAUAGUUGGCUGUCCACUACAGUCAAAGGAGAAGUGUCCUGUUAUCCAAUAUAGUGUAAAGAUUAAAGACUUUAUUUGUAUUUAUUUUAUAUAUGAAUAUAUAUUGAAAAUGUUUGUGGGCGUAUUCAGAUAUAUACACAGAGAUUGUUAAUGCAGUAGGAGCCAAUAAGAUAGUAAGCUAAUAAGAAUUUUCUUGUACUGGAGUUUUCAGCAAGGAAACAAAACCACAGGAAUGUGCCACUGCAACCCGAGGGGUGGGUAUGGGGAUCCCAAAGCAAAGAAAAUUAUAUAUUUUUUUCAUCCAAACAUUAUGGAUAAUGAAUAAGAAAUUAAAUAUGGGAUGAGAUUCUGAGUUUAAUGCAAGACUUAGAAUAGGUCAGUUGAACAUCUCCAGAGACCAGCAGGAAUAAAACACUGAAGAUGGAAAAAAACUGUAGGUAUAACCCAUGGUGUAAUCAGCUCCACUUUUUCUGGAGAUGUACAAAUAACAUUUCAUGAAGAGGGAUGAUUGCUCCAGUUACAAACUGAAAGGCAGUAUUCAAUGUGGGCAUUUCCUAAUCUGUGUUGCAUAAGAGCUCAUUGUUCUGCUUUGAUUAUGUGUGCCAAGCUCAGCAAAGCAGUUAGCCAAAAUCCCCCACAUUGUUGAAUCACCCUGCUAAAAUUCUUGUGGGGAUGCAGGAGAGAUAGAGUGAGAGGGCUAAAUUGUGGAAAGAGCUGGUUAAAUUACUGAGUUCACAAGUUGCGGUGUAAGUGUAGUCUGACUUUAUAUCUUGCUGAAAAUGUAGAGCGGAGGUGGAGAGGAGCUCCUAUCAAGUCCUGUAUUAUUGCAAAGGAAAAAAUCAAAAAAGAGGCAUCUUAAAGUGUCACGGUGCUGAGAUAUGUAGGGACCUGUUAUGCUGUGUGUUAUGCUGUGUGUUUUUCUGUGUCCCUAAAGUCCAUAUCACUUCUGAUCAUCAUGGGGCAGAAUGGAAAAGUUUUCUGCAGAAGUUCAUGGAGGUGAAGGAUGUGAUGCAACCUCUAGGCUCCCUGUGUGGGAUUUUCUCCCUCCAGCGACACCUCCACAGGCUUACCCUCCCCUGCAGUGAGCCAGUGCUUAAAGGUUAUUUUAAAAUGUUGAAGUGCAAAUACUGUGGUCUAGUCCUGCUGCUAAGGAAGUCGUACAAGCACUUUCACUUAGUCUGCAUUGCCACGGCACUAGGAGAACAUGAGUGCCAUUCUCUCUUUGUACAAAGAAAUGGAGAUUAAUAUAACAUGAGCUUUUUUCCUCACAGAGUUUUGGGCUGUCCUCAUUUCUCAAUUUUAAGUCUUCUUUCUUGACUGGAGGUUUUUCAAAAGACAGACAUGAGGAACAAGGUGUGUUGAGAUAAAGAGGUUUGGACUUUGCCAGCUAGUUGAAGCCACAGCUAUUUUAAGGCUGGUCCUACAGACUGAAUCAUGGGGUUCAACAAACAUCUUCUUGACAUUUUACUGAUGCCCAUCGUCUUUCUCUCCUCAACAUGGAUAGUCCAAUUUAUAAAUUGCGUGAUUUCAUCCUACCCCUGCUUCUUUGAGUUUUGUAAAUCGAAGUGAUUGAUGUGUCUCCUUUCAAUAACUUUCUCUAAUUCUCAUAUCCUCUGUGUUUUUUUACCCUCAGCUGUAUAUAGAUCAAAAUGGAUUUCCUAUUCAU